AGUUGUCGCUGAAAAUCGCUGUUUCCACGAGUUUCCAAAAAGUUUUCUAAAAAUCAUAAUAGAACAAUAAAUGGGAAUUUAUAUCACAAAAUGUCAAAAGAAAUAGCUGACGUCCAGCUGCAAGUGCGUUUUGUUACCAAACAAGAGCAAUAUGCUGUGCCAGAUAGUCCAUAUGCUAUUCAAAGUAACGUUCAGUCUUCAGAACUUAACACUCUCAUUAAUGCACUGUUGAAGGAAAAUAACCCUUCACAAAAGUCUGUAGAAUUUGAUUUCUUAGUAUGUGGGGAGCUACUAUGCACUUCACUCUCAGAACUUUUACAAGAAAAAGGAGCAUCCACUGAGGAUACCCUUGACAUUGAAUAUAUUGAAAGAUUUCCUGCUCCAUCACCUCAGGAUUGUUUGAUGCAUGAUGAUUGGGUGUCAGCAGUGCAAGCAAACAAAAAUUGGAUAUUAACAGGUAGUUACGAUAACAGUAUACACAUUUGGAGCACUAAGGGUCAACAUAAAUUAGCAAUCCCAGGACAUACAUCACCAGUGAAAGCUGUUUCUUGGGUUAGUUUCAAUGGUGACCAAGGUGUGUUUGUUAGUGGCUCUCAUGAUCAGUCAGCAAUGUUAUGGGUGUGGAAUGUCAAGAACAAUUCGGUUGAAUGUGUUGUGACUUGUCGCAACCACGACAAGGGAGUGGAAUGUAUAGCUGUGUCUGCAGAUUCCCUUCGGUUUGCAACUGGCAGUUGGGACACAAAUAUCUGCCUUUGGAGUACAAGUUUGUUGGAAGAAGAAAAUGUUCCAGCAAAGAAAAAAAGUAAACCAGAGCAAGGAAAAACAAGAAACCCACUGACCACUCUCAAAGGACAUCGCGAGGCAGUGUCAGCUGUACAGUGGUUGGACUUUAACACUGUAAUUUCUAGUGGCUGGGACCAUUUGUUGAAGCUGUGGGACUGUGAGCUUGGUGGUAUAAAACAGGAAAUUGCAGCAAACAAGGCAUUGUUUGAUGUGGACUGGUCUCCAUUGAGCAAUAGUAUUAUCACAGCUUCCGCAGAUAGAUAUAUUCGACUAUAUGAUCCUCGUUCUACAGAAAGCAUCGUAAAGACCACAUUCACUUCCCACAAUGGUUGGGUGCAGUCCGUACGCUGGUCCAAAACUCGUGAUACGUUAUUUUUAUCAGCGGGGUAUGAUGGACAAGUGAAGCUGUGGGAAACGAGGAGUCCACGUACGCCAUUAUACGAUCUGAGUGGUCACGAAGACAAAGUACUGUGUUGUGAUUGGUCGAACCCAUCACUACUCGUCAGUGGAUCGUGUGACAAUACACUAAGGAUAUUUAAAGCAAAACACGCUGUCGGAGACGUGUAAACAAUAGGCGUAUACAAUUCACACUUGGAAAUAGUAAAUGAAAAUGAACUCUAUGUGUAAAAUAUAAGGUUCAUAUUAGGCAAGACUAAAACUAAAUCAAUUGAAAAUAAUAAUUAUAUUCCGCAAUAGCACGUUUCGAUUUUCAAUGCAUUACACAUACACAACGGUAUAAGGAUAUGCCUGAAGUAUAAGUGUCCUUGAAAAUUGUGGUGAGUGUAUUUUUUUAGUUUUAUAACAUGCCAAGAGUAUGAAUCUGUAGGAUGUCUCUGUGUAAAAGUGUUACAUAGUUGUAAUAAAUUACUUUUAAUAU